AUGAUAGACAUGAGUGGACCCACAUUUGGUAAUUACGACCAGUGUUUGAGUAUUGAAAGUCCCGAUGAAGAGGACAAACCUAAGUUUUACGGACAAUACUGUGGAAUGGAUGCCAAGGAUAACAUGGAUCUGAAUCCACAUACUAUGCCCCGAGAAUAUCUGGAAAACAUAGGCCAGAAGUUGCCCCAAAACACAGCUUUCAAUUACAAAAACUUUUUCAAUCAAUUCUUUGAGAACUACAGGAAAGUGUUGUAUCGCAUGACUCCCGACGACCUCUUGGAUGGCAUGGAGUUCGCAGAAAACCAAAUGUUUGAUAACAUAAGACUAAUGAACGGACUUUGUUUGCCCACCACUUGUAAUCCUGUAGAAGUGGGCAAAGCUCUCACUGAAUGAAUCAUAAUACCCCCGUUCAAUCGGUUUGUAUUGGGAGAUCUGCACGUAUAUGAGAUACUGAGUCAUCAAAACUUAAGACAAAUAAUGUUGGGCUGGAAAUCACAUUAUUGGGGACCUCUUAACUACAUUCAAACUCAACUCAUAGGCAUGUUAUUGGCCUACGCUGUCAGAUAUCAUCCGAAAGCAUACUUAGGCGGACCUAUAGGUCAUGUGAUCAUUUGGUUGACCACUUUCUCGAUAACAUUGGGUCUUAUGUAUUGGCAAAAGGAUAUGAUCAUGCCCGAAUUGGUGUUCAGCGAGAACUUCGUACAUAUAAUGAAUACUAUA